AUGGAGAAAAAUGGGGAAGAGGGUUGGAGGGCGAUGGUGAGGAAGAUGCUUCCUCCGGGGGCUCCCAUUCCGGAAGAUGAUAACUUGGAUUACUCCAUUGCUCUGGAGUAUAAGGGCCCCCCAGUUUCCUAUGAGGUUCCGCGAGUAGAACCUUUUGACAUGAAUUUGGAUGGGAUUCCGACUGCUGAACCCCUUUCAGAAUCUAGAAGACCAUUUGCCCGUGAUGCAGCUCCUGUAAUAGAACCAAUUCGUUUGCCAGUGUCUCGGAUUGCAAGUGUCACAAGUCCACCUAAUCAAAGUCCUAGGAUAUCAGGAAGUUCGGAGUCUGUGGUAUCCGUCUUACAAAACCCCGAAUCUUCUUCACAUUCCCAUUCAGCUUCCCCAGGUUCUGUGCACAGUAGAUGUAAUAAUGCUCCAAAAGAGCCUCCCGGUGAAGGAAAGAGAGCCACAGUGGUCACCUUUAAUACUGUCGAUAGAUCCGAAAGAAGAGUGGCUGAUGUGGAGAAACAAUUGCUUCCUGAGUUUGUAGGUGUGAUGAAAGAGAAAAAGAAGAGGAAGAAAACGAGAGUCUGUUAUAGAUGUAGAAAAGGGAAGUGGGAAACCAAGGAAUCCUGCCUAGUUUGUAAUGCCAAGUAUUGCAGCAAUUGUGUGCUAAGAGCAAUGGGUUCCAUGCCAGAAGGGCGCAAAUGUGUUACCUGUAUUGGCGAGCCAAUUGAUGAGUCAAAUCGAUUCAAAUUGGGGAAACAUUCAAGAUUGUUGUCACGUUUACUUAGUCCAUUAGAAGUCAAACACAUAAUGAAAACUGAAAAGGAAUGUUCUGCUAAUCAGCUACGGCCAGAGCAGUUAAUUGUGAAUGGAUAUCCUUUAAAGCCAGAAGAGAUGGCAGAACUUUUUGGAUGCCCUUCGCCCCCAAGGAAAUUGAAGCCAGGAAGGUAUUGGUACGACAAGGAAUCAGGUCUCUGGGGAAAGGAGGGGGAGAAACCAGAUAGAAUUAUAAGCUCAAACUUAAACUUCACCGGGAAACUUAAUUCCAAUGCAAGCAAUGGCAAUACUGAGGUUUACAUGAAUGGUCGAGAAAUCACAAAACUUGAACUGAGAGUACUGAAGCUUGCAAAUGUGCAGUGUCCACGUGAUACUCAUUUCUGGGUGUAUGAUGAUGGUCGUUAUGAGGAGGAAGGUCAAAAUAAUAUCAGAGGCAAUAUCUGGGAAAAGGCAUCAACACGAUUUGUCUGCUCCUUGUUCUCCUUGCCUGUGCCCCAAGGUCAACCUCAUGGACAAACUGAUGAGGCCAGCAAUUAUACUGCAGUACCGAAUUAUCUAGAGCAGAAGAAAUUUCAGAAGCUCCUUCUAGUUGGACUUCAAGGUUCUGGAACCAGUACCAUUUUCAAACAGGCCAAAAUCUUGUACGGCAAUAAGUUUACCACCCAAGAACUGGAGGAUAUUAAACUUAUGAUUCAAAGCAACAUGUACAAGUAUCUCAGCAUUAUACUUGAUGCGCGAGAACGCUUUGAGGAGGAGUCCAUUUCGAAGACAAAGGCAGAACGGCCUCAUGAAAAUAUCUCUGAAACAGGUCAAGAGGUUAACCUCGAUGAAAGUAAUCAGAGUGUAUAUUCCCUCAAUACAAAAUUGAAGCAUUUCUCAGAUUGGCUCCUGGAUAUUAUAGCCACUGGAGAUUUGGAUGCAUUCUUUCCUGCAGCAACUCGCGAAUACGCUCCACUAGUUGAAGAAGUGUGGAGAGAUCCUGCUAUACAAGCGACGUAUAGGAGAAAAGAUGAGCUGCACUUCCUACCAGAUGUGGCAGAAUACUUUCUCAGCAGGGCAGUUGAGAUAUCAAGCAAUGAUUAUGAACCUUCAGAACGUGACAUAUUAUAUGCUGAAGGGGUCACACAAGGGAACGGUUUGGCUUUUAUGGAGUUCUGCCUGGAUGAUCAUAGCCCAAUGUCUGAAACCUACACAGACAAUUUAGAACCUGCUCCCCCACCUAUGACAAGGUAUCAACUUAUUCGAGUAAAUGCCAAGGGUAUGAAUAAAGGUUGCAAGUGGGUCGAGAUGUUUGAAGAUGUUCGUGUAGUUGUCUUCUGUGUUGCCUUGAGUGAUUAUGAUCAAUCAUGGCUUUCUGUAGAGAACAAUGGUAGUGGUGUGCUGCUUCAAAACAAGAUGAUCCAAAGUAAAGAGCUAUUUGAAACAAUGAUCAGACACCCGUGUUUCAAAGAUACUCCUUUCGUGUUGAUUCUGAACAAGUACGAUCUCUUUGAAGCGAAGGUCAGCCGUGUUCCUUUGAGCACUUGUGAAUGGUUCACUGAUUUUAGUCCUGUUCGACCCCACAACAACAACCAAUCCAUCGCACACCAAGCUUACUACUAUGUAGCUAUGAAGUUUAAGGACCUCUAUACAUCCCUUACGGGUCGAAAGCUCUUUGUUUGGCAAACUAAGGCAAGAGAUCGAGCCACUGUUGACGAAGCAUUCAAGUACACAAGGGAAGUUAUCAAGUGGGAUGAAGAGAAAGACGAGAACUAUUACGCUGGCCAAGGGGACUCGUUUUAUAGUACUACAGAAGUGAGUUCCUCGCCAUUUAUACCGCAAGAGUAA